ACGACAAAUCGAAAUUGUUAACUCGUUAAAAUGGGCAAACUUUUAGUACUGUUGGCCAUUCUCAGUCUUGGCCAAAUAAUUACUGCCGAACGCAUUGUCAAUUGUUACUGGGGAACUUGGGCAAACUACCGAAGUGGCAAUGGAAAAUUUGAUGUGUCCAAUAUCGAUGCCAAUCUCUGCACCCAUCUGAGCUACUCGUUCUUUGGCAUCAACGAUAGUGGAAACAUUCAAUCACUCGACACCUGGCUGGACUAUGACUUGGGCUUCAUCAGCCAAGCCAUUGGCCUGAAGCGUCAGAACUCCAACCUGAAGGUGCUCGCUGUGGUUGGUGGCUGGAACGAGGGUUCCACCAAAUACUCAUCCAUGGCCGGUGACUGGAGCAAGCGUCAGAACUUCAUCAACUCUGCCCUGACCCUACUGCGCAACAAUGGCUUCGAUGGUUUGGAUCUGGAUUGGGAAUACCCCAAUCAGCGCGGUGGCAACUGGAAUGAUCGCUCCAACUUUGUCACUUUGCUGCGCGAGUUGAAGGAGGCCUUUGCUCCCUACGGCUACGAAUUGGGAAUUGCUGUUGGAGCUGGAGAGUCGCUUGCCAGCACCUCAUAUGAGAUUGCCAACAUUGCCCAGCAGGUGGACUUCAUCAACGUUAUGACCUACGACUUUGCCAUGGCUUCUGAUGGCAAGACUGGCUUCAAUGCCCCACAAUGGGCCAUCGAGAACGCCAUCAACUAUUGGCUCAGCCAGGGUGCUCCCGCUAACAAGCUUGUGCUUGGCGUUGGCAGUUAUGGUCGCUCUUUCCAACUGUCCGAUCCCUCUCAGAACUGGCCAGGAGCACCAUGCCGCGGCACUGGCAAUGCUGGCUCCUAUACCGGCGAGGGAGGCUACUUGGGAUACAACGAGAUCUGCCAGAACAACUGGCACACAAUCUUUGACAACGAUAAUGCUGCUCCCUAUGCCUACUCUGGUGAUCAAUGGGUCAGCUUCGACAAUAGGCUAAGUGUGCAGUGGAAGAUGGACUUCGCUCUGAGGAAGAACCUUGCUGGUGCCAUGGUUUGGUCCCUGGAGACCGAUGAUUAUCGCGGACUCUGCGGCGAGGCUUACCCACUUCUCAGGACCAUCAAUGAAAAGUUGCGCUGGUAAUUUUCUGUGAAAUAAACAAUAAAGAAUUAUAAAAUU